GACGGAGACGAAGACAGAGACCGAGAGAGAGAGAGAGAGAGAGAGAGACAGAGAGAGAGACGGAGGGGGGAAACAGCAAAUGAGGGUCACUGGGGUUUUCCACUGUGUAGGACUAGAAAAGACAUGAGAAGUUGGUAAGGUUGAGGAGGGUAAACAUAUGUGUAGUCACAGACAGAUCAGACGGCAAAAAGAGAGUGAAUACAGACAAAUGUGAGCACUGAAUGAGUGAACAUCAGAAAAAAGAGAGCAGCAAAAGAGAUUUCAGCAUCUGUGAUGCACUUUGAGCCAAGAUAACUAAAAGAGUGGUAAUUUCAAAGGUUAGGAGCAAGAUCAGAGAAAGAGUGUAGAGGCAGAGAGUCAUUAUAGUCUCAAGCUUAGAUAUUUUGCACACAGGUGGUGGACUAAUCGAAUGGGCUACACAUGGCUAAGGUGAAUUGCAGUAAGGAUUCGUACUCUAAAGAUGGAAGAUGCUGUGAUCGCUGUCCCGCAGGAACGUAUGCGCAAGCUGAGUGUGAUGGCGAAAAGCCGACAGUGUGUGCUAAAUGUCCUGACGGGUUCUAUACAGCCACAAAAAAUCACUUGAACAAAUGCCAAGUCUGCCGCGAGUGCAGUUCCCAUAACAACCAGAGGAAAGCAAAAGAAUGUUCAGCUACAGAGAACACAGUGUGCGAGUGUAAGUCUGGUUUGUACUGCAGUAAUGAUCAGUGUGACCACUGCCAGCCAGUGACCCCCUGUUCUGUGGGUGUAGGAGUCAAGAAUCCAGCCAAUCGCACCAGUGAUACAAAAUGUGCUCCAUGUGAAGAAGGGACCUACAGCAACGUAACAGAUUUCCUCUCACCCUGUAAACCACACACUAGAUGUGAGGUGUUAGGGAGGACGCUGAAAGUUCACGGAACCAAAACAACUAAUGCCGUCUGUGGUGACUUCUUACCUCGUCCCCCAGGUUGUUCCUGGAUAUUGCCUGCAAGCCUGUGGUCAGGACUGGUGCUGACAGCACUCUUCCUGUUUGUUGUUGUCAUCUGCUGGAGGGCAAAACGUAAAUCAUACAGAGCAGCCAGUCCCAAUGCUCCUGUAACUCUGGUAGAGAUGGUUCCCACCACAGAUGUCACUUCGCUGGACCUGCAUUUACCAUCCACAGAGCUGAACGGCCACUGCCAAGAGCUGAAUGGCCACUGCCAAGAGCUGAACGGCCACUGCCAAGAGCUGAACGGCCACUGCCAAGAGCUGAACGGCCACUGCCAAGAGAGCUGCGCCAUGGAUGAAUGCAAGAUACGGCUUUUUACCACAGAUGAUGAUUUGGUGAAUUGCAGCAAGGACAGCAGCCUUCCUAUAACACCACUGAAGGCCUCAGUUUCAUUUGUUGAAUCCAAACACAACAACGGAAGUGUAAGAUACCACACCGCCAACUUUCUUAGGACCUACUCAGAGCCACAGGAGGACGAGUGGUGUGGGACAUAAAGUAAAUUUUGUUCUGACAGUACAAGGAUGGAGCUAAGAGUCCUUCUCUAGUUUGAAGAUGCUGCAACUUCUUGUAUAAGCCUUAAACUGUAACUACUUACAACAAAGUAGGAUUUUACUUUCUGGAGAGUUGAAGUUGGCUGAUCAUUUGUCGCCUCCUGCAGGACUUUUAUGAGAACUUCAACUUGGGUAAUGAGAUAAUUCUGUGUAGCAUUUACAGCGAACAGCUACAAACCUGACACCAAGUCAUUAAGAGAACAUUCAUCAUGAGAGCAGACUUGUUGAAUGGAAACACUGGUGCAGCUCUUUACUUGAGUUAUUCCCUUUGAUGUGAAUUUGUCAUAGAUAAGAGCUUCACAAGUAAAAACAGCGCUGUCUGUGGUCUUUAGUAACAGCUGAGUGCUGUCUUUAUCAAAGGAUAUGUCUUGUUAUAUUAGUAUUUUUCUUAUUGUCAGCAAAUCCCAUGAAAAUACCAAAGUCAACAACAAAUUAAUCCUACUAUUUUGUCUUCAUUUUUUUUAGUAUUGCCUGCAUAAUAACAGUCUGAUAUAUUUUAUUCCUUUGUGAAACAUAGCUCCACUCUUGUCCAAAAACUAUUAAAACCACCAGAACCAGAACGAGUAGCAUUUUCUAAAAACUACAUUGCCCAGAUCUUUCAGGAAAUUACUGAGAAUUAAAAAAAAAAAAAAUUAACCCUGUGAGCCCGUAC